UAUGGCGGCGGAAGGACAACUUUCGCCUGCCGAACCCGUACCGACAGACUCAAAUGCACCGGUAAAGGAAGAAAAUACUGCGAUUGAUAUUGGUGCACAGUAUGGCAGAUGGAUAGAGUUGAAAGAAGACUUGCAGUGUGGAAAUGACACCUUGGCAAAGUUGCUUCUUGACAUUUGUGCAAAGAAGUUCAGAAACAAGAAAAACCUGUAUGAGAUCAAAGAUGAAGAGCUUGAAUCUAAGUCUUCUAUGGGUAAAGGCAGCACUCGGAUUACUGAGCAGCGGAAACGGCCUGCCUCGAUGCCAGGGACUGGUGCUCGGAGCAGUCUGACAUCCCAUUCUGGUAACUCGUCUCUCAUGGAUUCACAGGACACCAGGGACUCAAGCACCUGUUCGUUGUAUGGGGAUGUCAGCGAGAACUUUGGUGAGAGUGCAUCAGAGAAAAAAUCAGAGUCCAACAAAAAUGGCUUCUCUGAAGGGUACAACAGCAAGAAGUCAUCAAGAAGAAAACAGCCAAAAUCACGAGUUUCUAGAUAUCUUGAGGAUGAGAAUGAAGCUAUUGCUGCACAUGAGAGAGGUGAAAUGGAACCUGGACUGGAAGGGUAUGAUGCUGAAUGACUUAAAUGGGACCAAGAUGAUAUGGAAAAUGAGGAAUUGGGUUCAAGAGACUCUUUAGAUGCAAAGGAAGACAGAAGUCAAUUAUCAGACGAUGAAACUGAAGAAGAUGACCCAGACAGAGAAGAAGGAAAUGAAUUUCUGUCAGAGGAAGAGCUUGAGAAGCUCCUGAAAGGCAGUGAGUCAGAGUCAGAUGCCAAAAGGUCGAAGAGAAAGAGGGACUCUGAUAGUGAUUGGAUGCCUGCAAUAGAAGAAGAUAAGCCUCGGAGAAGACGAUCUCGACGGGUGUCUAGACAGAACUCGAAAACUGCCGUUGUGAAAAGUCGAAGGUCUCUGAGAAGGAGGGUGAGUACGUCAGCUGAGGAGUCGACUGAAGUGGAGGAGGAAGUGGAGGUGAAGCGGGAGAAGAUUCCAAGGGGAAGACCAAGAAAGACCAGGAAGGAUAGUGUUGGUGAGGAAGAACCGAAACAAAUUCCACGUUCACAGAAGCCAAAACUUAUGAAGAAGUCGGGUGUUUUCAGUUGCACUGUUUGUGACAACAGUUUCACAAACAAGGAGGAAGGCAAAGAACACUUGGAAUCACAUUAUGUCAUCGACUGCAAUCUGUGUACUCACAAAUUCUAUUCAUUGCAAGCGCUUGGUCAUCACCAAAGUAAAAAGCAUCCUGCAAAUCACAAAUGUAAUCAUUGUUUCUUCACAGGACGGACGCGCAUGGAGCUGAAGCGACAUAUGAGGAAAGAACACCAGGAUGAGCAGACCAUCCCUGGAACCACCUUGUGUCACAUCUGUGGACAACAGUUCCGUUUUGUGGUCAACGUCCAGAAACAUUUGAUGGAUGCCCAUGGCAUAAUGGAAUCGAAUAUGAAAACCUACAUGUGUGAUCAGUGUGGGAAUGAGUACUUCUUGAAGCACUCACUCCGGAAACAUAUGCUUACUCACAAGGAGAAGAACAUUGUGUGUGAUUUUGAAGGCUGUGCAAGCAAGUUUUCCAGUGAUGCUCAGUACAAGCGCCAUUAUAACACUGUGCAUCUGAAAAUCAAAAGACAUGCCUGUCCAUAUGAAGGCUGUGAAAUGAAAUUUGCAUUUAGGAAAACUAUGGCUACCCAUGUGAACAUGGUUCAUCUGAAGCUUCGUCUGUUUCCGUGUCCGUGGCAAGGAUGUGAGCGAAGCUUCUAUGCUAAGAAACACCUCACUGUUCAUAUGAGGAUUCACAAUGAUGAGAAGCCAUUUAAAUGUUCUGAGUGUGACUAUAAGUGUAGGCAGAGGGCAGCACUAAACUGGCAUUUGAAAAAACAUGGGAUUGUUCCCAGAUCAUCCAGAAAGCCUGGAGAACGAGAAGAAGAACAAGAAAGAAGGAUUCCCGGUCAACUUUAAAAGAGGUCGGAAGAGAACACGGUUCAGGAAGUCCAAAGGAUUGGACUAUACCGAUGACCAAAUUGCAAGUAUUAACCAAAGAUAUAGUGAAAUGGUGACGGGAUCAUCACAACAGUACCCAACAAAGAAGAGGACUCAUCCGAUGGAGAAGUUGAUGAUCCUGAUGACGUACCUAAAGAUACUGGAGGAACAGCAGACCAGGCCAGUUUCAGUGAAAAAUUUGCUGGUGGGCAGUCAGUAGGUAACAAUGUGGAGGACUUCAGUUUCGUUGAGCGGAGGGAAAGUCAGAUUGUCACGCGGCCUGCUGACCUACCGCCUGGGUAUGUUGGAAGGGACUUCAAUUCUAAUUCUCCUGCUCAAGAAACCUUCACACCAGAAUUGCCAAAACGCGAAGUUGAUUACACACGGCUUGAUUACGACACAUCACAGGCUACCCACAAUGAUUUUACAUCUAAGCAAGUUGUUAGGGAUGGAGAGUUUCAGUCAAGGGAAUCAGAUUUCCAUGCAGCAAGAGAUCCAGAAUACCAGUCUGUGCAGGAGGGGGACUUUCAACAAAGUCGAGACAGUUUUUCAUCUGUUCGAGAGACAAGCUUUCAACCAGUCAGAGAUACAACUUUUCCAGCCAGUCGGGAAGGUAGUUUUCCUCCAAUCAGAGACACCGAUUAUCAAGUCCGGGACACUCAGUCAGAUUAUCGUGGAUACCCUAUGAAAGAAAAUCUUGACACUGAUCGAGCUGGUGUUUUCCCACGAUUUAUCAGCAAGGAUGUUUUUUCAAGCACUAUCCACAGAGAUGGACAUUUUUCUCCCCGCCCUCCAA